UUCAGCGCUUGGCAGUAAACAGCUGGCGGCGCUCUGCGUCGGAAGCAAACGUCGAACGGGACUGCGCGAACCGCUCGCCUAUUCCCCCUUUCCCUUCCUUCGGUCGUCCGACACCCAACGAGACGCGACGCGCACUCGGCUGCUGCUCGGUCGGGCUCUGCGGCGCAUUAUUGUCGUGAAUUCGGGCGUGGACGGAGCCGAGCGACACUCGGCCGGUGUAGCCCAACUGCAGCGGAGAGCGGUGGUGCAUAGAGGUGGUGCACGCCGACGUCGUGGAAAAGCCGCGGGGAAAGCGGAGGAGUCUCUUUGUUCCGCACGGCGGCGGUUCUGCGCAUAGCUGGUAGCGCGCGCGGCGCAGCAUUGUUUGUGUUGCAUCGCGCCUCGGUCGGUUUCGGUGGCUCGUCGUCCGGGCAUUCGAGAGCACUGGCCGUGGUGCAUUGUCCGACGGUGCGCGCGCGGAAGUUGCCGCGAGGAAGUCGCGCGAGUCCGGCGCACGGCAUCGUGCGACACAACACGAGAGGCGGUGUACGCGGUGCCGUUUUUCUCGGGACAGCCGAGACAGAGACACGCGAGAAAGAGAGAGGUGGAGCGAGAGAGCGCGACGAACGUGACGGUGGCGUAACGCGCGCGGCGCGCCAGUGCUUUGUUUUGCCGAGCAGCUGAUCCGAGCGACGGUGGACGCGUCGGCGUUAUCUCUCGGCGUAACGCGAGUUCGACCACGUUCUCACGCGCGGCUUCCGAAAUAUCGCGGGGGUAGAGCCCUGCACGAGGCGCCCUGAAACGUCAUUGUGUCGGCCGCCGGCCGAUUGGUUCGUGACGUGAAAACACACGCGAGCAGCUGGCCGCAUCGCCGCGAAUCGAUCGAUGACUCUCCCCGUUGUCAGAGGUAUUUCCGUCAAGUCCAACGUGAGAACGUCGAGACUCGGUCGCGCGAUCGAUUGCAGCAAUCGCGAAUAAUCAUCCGGCGGGGAUCGGGAGGAGCUUCGCUUCGGAGAGUCCUUCUAGGGGAGGAUUCACGAGGAGGCCUCGGAAGGGAGACGACGGGCCAGCGACAAGCUUGAAACUUCCUCCGUUGGUAUUCGGUCACGUUCAGCGGAGUGAGCUCGGUGACGCAAACUUGGUGCGUGUGUGAAUGUGUGUGUAUAUGAGAGUGUGCACCGGGGCUCGCGUUGCGUGGAGAGCCGCGUUAUGACAUAAGGCACACGAUCGACCACUUCGAGCAGAAGAGAGAGACGGAACGCGGCCGUGAACGACCCGACGACGUUCCGUUGUUCGUCCGCUGGAUCACGGAUCGAUCCUUUCGUGGAACAAAGAAAACGAGUCGAAGGAGCGAGCGCGGGGAAAGACGGUGGACGUUCCAGUUUCCCUCUCGACGGUCCGAGAGCGGUCGACAGUGCUACACCAGUGGUGAGGGUCUCUCCGUCCCCCCGACGCGCGGUCAGCAUUCUCAGCAACAAAGAAGGAGAUCCGGAUGCAACUUUGUGACGUGUCUCUCACGUAGCGGAGCGCCGUUUCCGUCGCGAGGACCGACGUCGGGGGAUCGCGUUGAUCGAUGCGGCAUAGACCCGAGGGGGCCGUACUCGCGAGCGACCGGGAACGUGGGGUACGGCCCCGAUCGAGCUGACUGCUAGGGGAAACGCCGAGGCGAGGGCCCGUUGUCGCUGCUGUCGGGGCCCUCGGCGAAGGGAGGGACCCGUGACGGCGGAUGCCGGGGCCGUUGUAGCAGUUUUGUCGUCGUCGGCGCCCCGGGCGCACCACCGGCAACGAGAUGUUGUAUAUAUUCCACGUUGACACCGGCACCACCAUCACCUUCGACAUCAAGCUGGCCCUGCAGAGUGUCGCCCAACUGAAGGAGGCGAUCGAGAGGGACUGCGGGGUGGUGGCGGCGCAGCAGGUGCUACUGAUGAGCGGAGGCGAGAGCCUGGAACCGAACGCGCGUGUGUGCUCUUACUCGGCCGGAACCGAUACGAAUCCGAUCUAUCUGUUCAGCAAGAGCGCUAUUGAGAGCCCCCUGCCGCCCACGCCGAGUAUAGAUUACGGUUCUGCAGAUGUCGACCUUCACAGUCAGAUCGAGAAUUCGCUGUCGAUGCCGGCCGCUUAUCAAACUCUUGUCUCCCGCGCCAACUUGGCUCAACAAUGUUGCGCCUUGGCGCGAGAGCAGACGAAAAUCUGCGAAAGGCUAGUCCACGAUCAACACCUUCAGCAGCAAGGAUGGGCCGCGGUGGUUGCGAACCUUGAAGACAUCACGCAAAUGUUCCAAUCUCGAGCCGAUCAAUUUCAGCAUAGCUUCGCCCUCUACCUCGCCGAGAGGCAGCAACACAUGGAACUGCUCGACAACUUCAGUACUGAUCUCGGUACGCUGGCGAAAAUCCCGAUCUUGCCGGCCUUGAGGGUCCACGCUGAGGGCUUCUUGAAUCCGGACGAUCAACCGAGUGAGUCCUCCGAGCCGGCGUUGUCCGAAGGCACGGAAGAAGUACUGAGCCUGCUCCGAUGGAUCUCGGCGAAGGACAAUCAGAGCAGCCUGGAGCAAGUGGCGGAUCAAUGUUCGCGCGGCUUGGAGCAGUUCGACGAGCGGGUGAUGCAGAGCCUCAAGGCCGAGGUGAACGCGGCGAUCGACAACGCCAACAAGCAGGAUAUGAAGGAGAUCAAGGGUCUGGGUGAGCGGCUGUUCGCGCUGGAACAGCUGAUGGUGCAGACCAAGAGGCUUGUCCACGAGCAAAGCGAACUGGCGCAGGGUUUCGUGCAGAAUCGCGAUCGCGCGAGCAACCUUGGCGACGCCAGCGUUUUGCCGGACCUCUGCAAUUCUCAUAGGCGGCAGUUGCUUGUAAUGCUGCAGAACCACAACCACGUGCGCGACAUCCGGCGUAGAUGCACGAAAGCGAAGGAGGAGCUCUCGGUGAACAUCUAUCAUCGCCUCAAGUGGAUCAUGUACGUCGAGAACAAGAUGAUGGAAGUGGACAGCAAGCUGGUCAUGUACAACGAGAGCCUGAAGCGACUCAGGAGGCACCUGGAGGUGCUACAACAGAUCCACUUGGCCCCGCAGAUGUACAUGAGCGCGGUGGCCGAAGUGGUCCGACGGCGCACUUUCUCGCAGGCUUUCCUCGUCUGGGCCAGCAACCUGGCGUGCCAACUGUUGACGGUCCACAGCGAGGAACUGGCACGCAGACGCGAGUUUCAGAACAAAUUCGACGGACACUUCCUGAACACGCUUUUCCCUGGGCUCGAGGACACGCCGCCGCCUUUUGCGACCCAGGCGCCUUCUGUUUUCGACAACGGGCUACCGAAGCUGACCGCGGACGACAUGGAAUCGUUGAGGUCGCAGCUCCCGGAUUUGGCGCGCUCGAUCUCUACGCCGGAUCUGAACGGCAUCACGCAGUUCUUCUUGUCCAAGAGCCUCAUCGAAGGCAGCACCGACGGUAACAAGGACAAGAACGCUACGUCCGUCGGCACCAAUAUCCCCGUGAAGGAACAGGAACGCACCAGAGCACCGUUACUCUCGGACAGGGGCGGCUUCGAAUCCGAAACGGACACGGAGGAGUUCGAGAAGAUCGGCCAAGCUGGCGUGGCCGAGGCGACGAAACCCAGCGUGUUCGACGGGGCGAAGCAGAAGCGGCAGAAGCAAUUGGAGGUUGGUGCCUCUCGAAGCGUGUCCCCCGCUUCCUCAACCUCGACUAACGUCUCCCCGCUAAACUCGAAAGUCGCGGAUCUAACGACGACGCGUUCGUCCACGUCAAGCGAACCCGGCUCCUUCCAAUUCCCCAGCCUGUCCGUCGCGAGCGAGCGUCCGGCGCAGCUGAGCCCGCUGACCGAGUGUGUGGAGAACGGCGCCGUCGACUCCGCCGGCUGCUUGCUUCACCAUGACGUGAGCAGUGGCCUAUCGAAAUAUCGCGACGGCCUGCCGCUCGAGGAGACGAAUUCCCUCAGCCCGAAUCCCCCUUCCCUGCCACGGUCCUCUGUGAUGUGCGACGGUCAGCAGCUGCAGCAUCCGCUGUCCGGCAGCGGCGGUAGCAGUCCCUCGGUCGGCGUGGGCGCCACCGACUUCAUGGGUACCGAGUUUUACAUGGACGAAUCCCUGCCGAGCAGCCUCAGCGAGCAUCCCGUCGACGGGCAACAUCAGGCUAUCGUGUCCCUCCUUCAGGAGAACCUCGGUAACACGCGUGAGGAAGUGGAGAGAUUGCGAUCCAUUUUGAAGACGAUGAAGGCGGUCAUGUCCGAGGCGUUGAGCUCCGUUCGGCAUGAGCUGACGAUCCUGCGCGAACAGUCCGACGAGGACAAGAGCAACCUCGCCGAGAUGACGGAGCGGGUCCGGGUGGCAUUGUCCUUGUACUCGCGGGAAUGCGACCGGCGUCUGCAGGAGCGCGAGCAGGAGCUGAUGGUCGAUCACGAGCUCGAGCUGGCGGAGAUCAAGAAGGUGAUGCAGAAUCGCGAGGAGGAGAUCGACACGAUCAAGCGCAAUCUCAUGGAGAAGGAGACGGAAUUGGCGGAGCACGAGCGACUGGCGGCCACGAUGCGUCAGAAGCUGGAGGACGAGCAGAUCGAGCUGGGGAACCUGCAGACCCGUCUGCACCAGCGGCUCGAGAACGAGCUGGAGCAGGCGCGCAUCGAGAAGGAGGAGGCCGUGAAGAAGGUGACCGACGAUAGAUUCCUCGAGAUCGCCUCGUUGACGAAUUCCUUGACGCAGUGUCAGAAGCGAAUCGAGGAACUCGAGGAGGAUCUGGCCACCGCUCACAGCGACCAGGAGAGAAUGGUGAAGGAGGCGACCGACAAGUUCCAGUUGGAGUACAAGACGGAGUUGGAAACGCUCCGAGGUCGCUUCAAGCUCAUGGCCGCCUCCACCAUGGAAAGGAGUCCCAGCGAUUGCAGCCUGGAGAAGAUCGAGCGGACGGAUGUAAUCGAGCUGGCGAAUCACGAGGCGAUCUUGGCGCAGGCGAAGGAAGACAUGAAACUGGAGAACGCCGCGGCGCUUCGCACCGCCAUCGAGAAGGAGAGGGCGGACUGCAUGACGAAGUUGGACAACGAGUUGAGAGUGGCGACCCAAAUGGUCGAGGAGAAGGACAGAGAGCUGAAGAUGUGCAGGAGGAGAGAGGCCGCGUUAGCCGAGGAAUGUCAGCGUUAUAAGAACACGAUACGACGACUGACCAAGUCGGAGAGCGUGCAGCGGCAAACGUUGAUGAACGAGAAGGUGGAGAAUCUCGAGGCGGACAAAGUGUGGCUGGAGAACAAAAUUGCCGCGGAGAAGAAGAUGCGAGCGAUGCUCGAACAGAGCGACAGCGUCGCCUACUCGGAGCCCGCGGUGGUACACAAGGAUUACAACUACGAGCGAUUGGACAGCAGCCAAAGCGAGCUGGAGGAAGUGCUCAAGGGCGCGGAGAGCGAUAAGUACGAAGUCGAGGUCUCGGAGUCGAAGAAGGUGCGAUUGGAGGCCGACGACGACGAACUCGUGCGGCUAUCCAGGCGUCUCGAGAUCCUCGAGAACGACAACAAGAGGCUGUCCGCGGAAUUGGUGACGAUACAUCAGAGUAAAAUGGCGGCGGAGGCGAAGAUGGAGUCGUUGAUGACGGACAAGGUGCGUCUGGAGAUCGAGCUGGUGAAGGAGCGCACCAAGAGGAUCUUCGGCGUCGAAGCCUUGCCGUCGGAGAGCCGCGAUAAGGAGAUGAACGCGUCGGUCGCGGUCGUCUCGGAAUCGAGUUCGGGCUCGAGCCGAGACGCGGCCACCAGCCCGGAGCCGAGCAGACGGUCAUCUUCGAAAUCGUGCUUCCACUCGUCGCAGAUGCGCAAGAAGAUCGAGGAGGGCAUGGCGAAGAUCGCCCAGCUCGGUGUCGUCACCGUCACCAGUUGCAAUCCGGGCGACGUCGUGCUCGUGUUCUGGGAUCCCGCGCACGGCAACUACGCGGUGUACCAGGAAUCCUCGACCCUUUAUUUCCUCCAUUCGGACUAUGUGGACACGUUGGACGUGAGGAUGAAUUCGAACGGCUCACGGAAGUGCGUCCUCGCCGAGGUGAUCGAUAAGGAGUACUGUCACGCGAGGAAGAGGGAGAAUCGGUAUCACGUUCCGCUCGGCACGAAGUUCUACCGAGUGCGCGUGAAGCCGGUGGCCGACGACACGGGCUCGUUGGCGAAGAGUCAGCUACCGUAAUUUUACGUUCCGACUAUAAGCGUCGAGAAUCCCUUGAUUCUUGCCUAGUACAAGCGCUGUGAUCGAGGGUUUGCGUCGGAGGGCCGUCCAGCGGACCGGCGACCUGGAAUGCAAAUCCCGAAAUUACGUCUCCGCGACCAUCCGGAAACCUCGGAUCUAGGCCAAAACCUGCCAGAGCCUCUAGACGCAUCCUUGAUGUCGAUGAAUUUUAGGAUGACGCUCGACGGAAAAGAGGUAUGCGCAAGUUGGGUAAUAUGGAAAUGAGACGGAAGGAUGCGCCGGCGUUUCAUUGUGAUAUAAGUAAUUUUUAAACGAGUGUGAAACAUAUUUGCCGAAUGCUGUGGUUAGCUGUGAAGCGUAACGACAUUUGUACUCUUCGACUUUCCCUUUUUUUGUUUUCCACAAACGUGAGAUAUGAAAACAGAAGGAACGUGAGGAAUCGUCGUAGACGAUUCCUCUCAUCCGAUGAUUCGACAAGUUGACUAUUGUAUGUGUGCUGCGUAUGAAAAAAAAAAAAAGAGAGAGAGUGAGAGAGAGAGAGAGAGAGAGAGAAUGUAUGCGUAUGUCUGGGUUUCAUUUCAACACUUGUAGGCACGCGAUGCGGAGAGACGAAGACCACGUGUCCUUUGAGACGCAACAUACAUUUUCUUCUCCCCGCAUCCCGACGAUUACCUUUGCACUUAUAUGAGACACAAGAGUGUAGUUGUAAGUUUUACAAAAUCGACAUAUUGCGUAGAACCACCGGGUGAGUUUCGAGAAGAGCGUAACACAUUUAUUAGAAAUACAAAUCAUUAGCAAUCGUUGACCUGGUAAAUGUAAGCGUUUUACUGAAGCCUCCGGGGUAUGUGCGAUUUGUAUGUGAUAUGCAUACAUAUACAAUCGCAAUUGAAUAAUAAUAUACACGCGCAUCUCUCUGUGCGUGUAUAUACACAUACAUACCGUUGCACGAAGCGUGCAAUAUCUGCGUACGAAAAUCUCAUAGGUCCUAAGACGGGGCUAAGAUUUUUUUAAGUGGAGGGGGAAAAAAGAAGGAGAAAGAAACUGUCUCACAACGGUGUUGUGCAAUUUUGCAGCAAGGCAUACCUAGUAGACAUUAGAUUCUCUAUUUAUACGAAGAGAUCGCGCGAUUACUCCCGACGCGAUUCUCUCGAUGAUGCCUCGCGUGUUAAUAAUCUUCGUCGCGAAUCGCCCCCUCGCUCCUUUCUUUCUUGUUUCUUUUUAGUUUCCCAGCGGACGAACACUUUCGUUUCUUUAUUUCUCCUUUCGACCGCUGUCUCUUCGUAGUAACGAGCUCGAGAGAUAGGCGCGUAAGCGUAAGUCGAUGUGUAUGUGUGUGUCGUUCCGAGAUAUGGAAGGAACGUAGGUUGCGGAGUGUACACCUCUUCAAUCUUUCCUUUACUUCUUUUACGCGACUUUCGAGCGUUAGUUUAAGCGAUGCCCAGUGGGAGAAUCGACGUGAGGCGUACCUCCGCGCGUAGAACGAAUUUUAUAAAUAUACGUGUACACCUAAACACAUACAUAUAUAUAUAUAUAUACAAAUAUAUAUAUAUACAUACAUAUAUAUAUAUAUACAUAUAUACAUAUAUAUAAAAUAUAUAUAUAUGUAUGUAUAUAUUAUACCCUUUUCUAUCGUUUGACCGGUACAUGCUCAUGCCGCCGGUGUGCACAACGGCGCGUACGCAAUGCGGGCGGCAUGUGGAGCGUCGCUCUGUCGUGAGCUCCUUCAGUUGCAGCAUUGACGUGUGGCUAUCACUAAGCAUCACUAUCUACCUAUUGUUUCUCGCGACACGUUAAACACUCAUAGUACAGUACAAUAGCUGUGAUCGUUAGCUUCGACGUUUUCACUUCUACUUAAUCGUUAAUUAAACUUAAUUCCCAGCGGUGUCGCGCGACGGCUCGCGCCCUUCUUCGUGUUCCACCGGGAGGUGCGCGCGGUAUCUUCUUUCUUGCAUCCCGAGAGAGAGAGAGAAAAUGGAAAGAAAUAAAAAGCGGGAGUCUGAUCCUGCGGAGGCACGAAGGGCGGCGAGGCGUCGUUCGGCCGCCCGACGAUUUCGAAUUGGUGCAGAAACCUUGAACCUCGAUAACAGACAGGUUCGCGAAAUAUGAUGCUGAUACGUAAGAUAAAUCGUUCGGUAGGCUGUUAAGCUGCCUCGAGCCUCUCUCGAGGUGUAAUCGCGACGCGUCCGCCUGUGAGCGUAUUCGCGAUAAUAGAUAGCCGCAUAUAAUAAUUA